GAGCGGAGGCGGAAGAUGGCGGCGGCGGCCCGGCGGCCGUGAGUAGCGCGGCGGCGGCUGCGGCUUUGGGGACGGCCGAUGGCGGCCGGAAGGCGCCCUCGGGGACCCACGGGCCGAUAGGGGGCGACGCGGGGCGGCAUGUCGGAGCAGGCGGCGCCCGGGGCCCCGGGGCCCGGGCCCAACGGCGGCGGCGCCGGCGCCGGCCCGGCCCCCGCACGCGGGCCUCGCACUCCCAACCUCAACCCCAACCCUCUCAUCAACGUGCGCGACCGGCUCUUCCACGCGCUCUUCUUCAAGAUGGCUGUCACCUACUCGCGCCUCUUCCCGCCUGCCUUCCGCCGUCUCUUCGAGUUCUUCGUGUUGCUCAAGGCCUUGUUCGUGCUCUUCGUCCUGGCCUACAUCCACAUUGUCUUUUCCCGCUCGCCCAUCAACUGUCUGGAGCACGUGCGGGACAAGUGGCCGCGAGAAGGCAUCCUGCGCGUCGAGGUGCAGCACAACUCGAGCCGCGCGCCCGUCUUCCUGCAGUUCUGUGAUGGCGGCAGCCACGGCAGCUUCCCUGGCCUGGCCGUGGAGCCGGCCGGCCUGGAGCUGGAGGAGGAGGAGGAAGAGGAGGAGCUGACCAUGGAGAUGUUUGGGAACAGCUCCAUCAAGUUUGAGCUGGACAUCGAGCCCAAGGUGCUCAAGCCACCGGGUGGCCCCAAGGCCCUGAACGACAGCCAGGACUUCCCCUUCCCUGAGACACCCGCAAAAGUGUGGCCACAGGACGAGUACAUCGUGGAGUACUCGCUGGAAUACGGCUUCCUGAGGCUGUCACAGGCCACGCGGCAGCGGUUGAGCAUCCCCGUCAUGGUGGUCACCCUGGACCCCACGCGGGACCAGUGCUUCGGGGAUCGCUUCAGCCGCCUGCUGCUGGCCGAGUUCCUGGGCUACGACGACAUCCUCAUGUCCAGUGUGAAGGGCCUGGCCGAGAACGAGGAGAACAAGGGCUUCCUGCGCAACGUGGUGUCCGGGGAGCAUUACCGCUUCGUGAGCAUGUGGAUGGCCCGCACGUCGUAUUUGGCCGCCUUCGUCAUCAUGGUCAUCUUCACCCUGAGCGUGUCCAUGCUGCUGCGCUACUCCCACCACCAGAUCUUUGUCUUCAUUGUGGACCUGCUGCAGAUGCUGGAGAUGAACAUGGCCAUCGCCUUCCCCGCGGCGCCGCUGCUGACCGUCAUCCUGGCCCUUGUGGGGAUGGAAGCCAUCAUGUCCGAGUUCUUCAACGACACCACCACGGCCUUCUACAUCAUCCUCAUUGUGUGGCUGGCUGACCAGUAUGACGCCAUCUGCUGUCACACCAACACCAGCAAGCGGCACUGGCUUCGGUUCUUCUACCUGUACCACUUCGCCUUCUACGCCUACCACUACCGCUUCAACGGCCAGUACAGCAGCCUGGCCCUUGUCGCCUCCUGGCUCUUCAUCCAGCAUUCCAUGAUCUACUUCUUCCACCACUAUGAGCUGCCUGCCAUCCUGCAGCAGAUCCGCAUCCAGGAGAUGCUGCUGCAGGCCCCGCCGCUGGGCCCCGGCACCCCCACGGCGCUGCCGGAUGACCUCAACAACAAUGGAGGUGCCCCGGCCGCCACCCCCGACUCUGCCGGCCAGCCCCCUGCCCUGGGCCCUAGCUUGCAGGGUGCCGGCGGGGGCCCCGGGCCUGUGGCUGAGGCACCCAGUUCCUUGGUGGCCGCGGCGGCCUCGGUGGCUGCUGCAGCCAGUGGUGACCUGGGUUGGAUGGCAGAGACGGCCGCCAUCAUCACAGAUGCCUCCUUCCUAUCUGGCCUGAGCGCCUCCCUCCUGGACCGGCGGCCGGCAAUCCCCCGGGCUGCCCAGGACAGUACCCCCCAAAGCGACUCCCCGGGGCCUGACACAACCCCUCAGGCUGCCAGGGUGAGUGGGCGUAGCCUUGCAUCCAUGGCCCUGGUGGAUGCACCCUCGGAAGUCGGCUCCUGAGCCCUGGGCAGCUGACUGCCUCUCUCCCUGGCUGUGCAGGCCAGCUGGGUAUGACCUGGCUGGAGCCUCCCGGGAUCAGGGGGGCUGUCCCUGGUGGUUCUGGGACUGCCCAGCCUGCCUUGGGUGGUGAGAGGGUCCACCAGGUUUGCUUGGAGGCGGGCUUCUCUCCCCCAGGCCGUGGGGCCUGUCUGCAGCCUGUCCCUGUUUAUGGUGGGCUUCCUUCGCCAGCAAAUCAAGACAGACCAAUGAGCCUGGUGGGAGAGGGGGCGGGGGCUUUGCAGAAGAUUCUGGAAGGGGCUGGUGAAAGGUCGGGAGCGAGCUGUCCCAGGGGCAGAGCGGGCAGGUCUCUGAGCAAGGUGAACUUGGGUGGAGAUGGCUCAGCUGGUGCUCCGUCGUGCGCAGUGCCUUUCCACGACCGCCCUCACAUGCCCGGGCUGGGGUCCCAGGAAGGUCCGGCUCACACCUCAGCCACAGGGAUGGCCGGGCACCAACAUGGAAGGCAGCCACAGGCGUCACCUCACCCUUCUCGGGGUGGUAGCUGGCAGGCAGCCCAACCCACUCGGUGAGGAAUGCAGAAGAGCGCCCAUUCCACUCUAUUUAAUUGCAGUGUACAAAACGGUGUUUGUAUAUAGAAUAAACUGUCUGUUGACAUUGUC